AUGCCUACUCAAGUCCGUAUUUUUGCUAUGCCAAAGUCUCUUGGGGAGACUCUCAGUGGCAGUUCAUCUACCCCAUCGCUCCCCUCCACUCAGGAUCACAAAAACGAACGACCGGCGAGUCCUGAACUUAGAAGUCGAAUCCCAAUAAUGGAGACGAUACCAGAGAAACCCAAAGAGGGUGGUCUCACAUUUGCUCACCAGGAUAGCUUACCCAAACUCCCUAUACCGGACCUAGAACAAACGUGCAAGAAGUAUUUAACUGCUCUGAAGCCGCUUCAAGGACCCAGGGAACACUCUGAGACGAAACUCGCUGUCCAAGAAUUUUUAAAGAAAGAUGGGCCUGAGCUUCAGAGGAAGCUACAAGAAUAUGCCGUCGGCAAAACAAGCUAUAUAGAACAAUUCUGGUAUGAUUCAUACCUAAAUUUUGAUAAUCCCGUCGUUCUAAACUUGAACCCUUUCUUCUUGUUAGAGGAUGACCCUACGCCAGCAAGGAACAACCAAGUCACACGCGCGGCAUCCCUUGUCGUAUCAGCGUUGGAGUUCGUACGAGCAGUUCGUCGAGAGGAAUUGCCGGCAGAUACAGUCAAAGGUAUACCCCUAGAUAUGUAUCAAUAUUCCAGGCUCUUUGGCACUGCUCGGGUACCGACCGAAAACGGUUGUCAAAUUGAGCAGGAUCCUGAAUCUAAGCAUAUUGUUGUAUUGUGUCAUGGCCAAUUCUAUUGGUUUGAUGUACUCGAUGAUAAUUCAGACCUUAUCAUGAGCGAGAAAGAUAUUUCAAUCAACCUCCAGACAAUAAUAGACGAUGCAGCUCAAACACCUAUCCAAGAAGCAGCCAAAGGAGCUCUCGGAAUUCUGAGCACGGAAAAUCGGAAGAUAUGGUCAGGACUAAGGGAUGUUCUCACCAGGGAGGAGGGGUCUAAUAACGCAGAUUGCCUCGGUAUCGUCGACUCGGCUUUGUUCGUAUUAUGCCUUGAUUACACAGAACCCUCUACGGCGGCAGCGCUGUGCCAGAACAUGCUUUGUGGUACGAACGAUGUGGUGAAGGGAGUGCAAAUUGGUACUUGUGUGAACCGAUGGUAUGAUAAACUUCAAAUUAUUGUAUGCAAAAACGGAAGCGCAGGGAUCAAUUUCGAACAUACUGGCGUCGAUGGCCACACUGUACUUCGAUUCGCUAGCGACCUUUACACGGAUACCAUAUUACGAUUUGCAAGAACUAUUAAUGGCAAAGCCCCCAGUCUCUGGAAAACGGCGAGUCCAGACCCGUCGAAGCGCGACCCAGAGAGUUUUGGGGAUGUCACCACGACUCCUCAUAAGUUAGAAUGGGAUAUUUCGCCAGAGCUCCAUAUUGCUAUACGAUUUGCCGAAACUAGACUGGCGGACCUCAUCAGCCAGAAUGAGUUUGAGUGUCUAGACUUCAGCGGUUAUGGCAAGAACUACAUCACCUCUGCCGGCUUCUCACCGGAUGCAUUCGUGCAGAUGGCUUUCCAAGCGGCCUACUACGGAUUGUAUGGGCGAGUUGAGUGUACCUAUGAACCGGCCAUGACCAAGGCCUUCCUUCAUGGUAGGACGGAGGCCAUUAGGACGGUAUCGGAGGAGUCGGUAAAUUUUGUUCAGACGUUCUGGGCGGAUAACCCUGCGGAGGCAAAAGUUGAAGCCCUACGCAAGGCAUGUCAGCAGCAUGUCAAUGUCACCAAGGAAUGUUCGAAAGGAAGGGGCUGUGACAGGCAUCUAUACGCCUUAUUCUGUGUGUGGCAAAGAUUCCUGGACGGUGAUAGCCGCUCGGGGAGCAGUUUGGGGUACUCGAGCCCAAUAGAAACCGGCUCCGAGCAAGGUACAGAAUCCAUGGUGGGUAGUCCUGGGAGGGAAUCUAUACGAUCGAACGGCGAAGAGUCGCGAUCACGACGGCGCGGUGAUAGCAUAAACUCAGGGUACGCAGACCAUCCAGUGCCAGCUAUCUUUGCCGACCAAGGGUGGGACAAGCUGAACAACACAAUCCUAUCAACCUCGAACUGCGGGAACCCAUCAUUGAGGCAAUUUGGGUUUGGACCGACAUCGGGCGGUGGGUUCGGCAUCGGGUAUAUUAUUAAGGACGAGGGUAUCAAUAUCUGCGUGGCUAGUAAGCACCGCCAGACGAAGCGGUUUGUGGACACGCUCGAAAGUUAUCUAUUGGAGAUCAGGCGCAUACUACGCAUCACGAAUAGACGGGGCACAAGCUCCCGACAGACACGUGCCAGGGAAAUCGACCCGGAUAAGCCGCGUACGGGACAGCACCAUCGCCCCAACAAGACUCGCGGUCGUAUGAUCACCGGUGCAGAUAACUUGCGCGCUCUGGCGACUCGGUCGUCAACCGGAACGAGGAGUCCGACGGAAGAGAGUCUGAUGAUGAGCGAGGACGAUGAGUUAGGUGGCUACGGCUUCUUCGACGCAGGUAUGCUACUGCAGGCGCUGAAAGCGCGCGGCGAGGUGCUCGACCAGCAAAGCGAAUCGAAGGCCUCGGAUCGGGUGGCAGCGAACGCGCGGAGAAGGGAAAUUGGGAAAAAGUUACGGCUAGUUGAGUAUUGA